UGGAAGGCGGACAUUUGUCGGUCUUUCUGCUCUUUCGCCCCGCGCUCUCUUCUCUCCAUGGCCACCGGCGGCCCUUGCGUCCAGCACCGGAGGCCAUUGCAUCUCUGCGCUCGUGCUCGUCCCUUCUAUUUCUUCGCUCCCUCCCUCCCUUCUCGCUCGCCUUAGGGCGCAAGAACCGAGUCGCUCCGUGCAGCUCUCGCGUGCCCUAGCUUUCCUUUCUAUCGAACUCCAGAUCGGUCGUUUGGCCAAUUGAUGCAUUCAUCUCGUCGAAGAACGACGCAUUCCGGCGCAUUUCUCCUCUCUACCUCCCUCGUCGCCCCUCUGAACGAAGCGAUCAGUUUCGGUGCCGCUUUCCCUCUGGCUGAGGAUGGUUUCUGGAAAGUCGAUGAAGACAAAUGUUGGAAAUCGAGACUCUUCAUUGCACAGGAGGGAAGUUGGUGAGGAUGCCACUUGAUUGCUCUUCUCGGUGGUUCUCGGCGUCAGCAUUCGGAGAAUCAGCGACGUACGAAAGGAAGACGGUCUUGUACUUUCAGGAAAGGAAGAGGUGAAUGGACAGCGUGGCUAAUGAGCUCGUGGUCGAGCAUUCAGUGUGCUCGCCCAGCGUACAAAUUUACCUGUGCUCGUUGUUUCGUGAAGACGUCCCGGAUCCCAAGUGAGGCGCUCUAGAGAAUUUGUGUAUAUAGGUUUUUAGUGACCUUGUGGGCCUCACUAGCACGGGAGUACCGAAGGAAUCGAAUAACUCUUUUGACAAGGACCACAAAGCGCAGAACCCGAGCAGCCAGUCCAAGGGAGCUGUGCGCGGGCAAAAAGAUCAUGCCAGAGUACCUUUAUCGGUGACGAGUCUUAUCACCGAUGCACAUGUGUUUGUCACCCUACUGUGACAAUGAUUUCAAGUCGACUCCAGGGCACUUUUCAGCUUGGAAAUUGGUUCGAGGAGCGACGACCGGUCAUCCUGUGUGGGUUUAAAUAUUCAUCCUCAUUUGGAGCUGGUUAGAACCCGAAAACCUCCCAUUUGCGAACAAUGCUUCCAGUACACGGUUGGAAAGCUUGUUGUGUGCUGGAGAUUCAGGACUAAUGUCCCGGUUUCCUCAGCCGCCAUCGCAACUCUGGCGCCUUACGAGAGACAUAUGUCCUUUUAUCGAUGGAAACGAGAACAUACUGAGCAAUGAUUGACAUUACCUCCGGUAUUUUAACCAAACCAGCUAGCAUGUUCGGGAGGGGAGCGUAUGCCCACAGCUAAGUCUACAAAGCGUUGCAGCAGCAGAGCUGACUGCGCUCAACUCGGUCACUUGCUGUAUAUCCCUUGGGUUGACAGCACGUACAGGAAUAUAUUAGUCAGUGCUCAAAUGGGAGAAUUGAUCUGGGCAGCAUUCUUGCACGCGGUAGAAAUUGUUUGCCUGCGAGCAGUGCAUCAAAUCAGCGCAUAUCCGGAUUCAGUGAACAACUUUGAAAACGGAGAAGACUUUGUACCCAGUAUCACUCUGGACCGCGACUGCUGUGCCAAUUAUUUUGCACCGUGGACCCAGCAGGCUCUCUUGGACAAGGGUCCAAUUUCCGAGACUUGAGAACGAACACCACCCGGACAUGUGUAGUACCCGCGGGCUCACCAGGAGAGCGAAUUAUGAAGUAUCCUAUUUUGAAAAACCGGCGCAGCUCUAACCAGUGCCCGUGACAUUUUCGACAUUUAUUGGAGUCUCGACAGCCAGACCAAAGUCAGAAAGUUCUUUGCCAUGAUAUUAUAGGUGCGAAGGGAAUACAUUGCCGCUCACUUCAUCCUAGGGACAAAUGGCAAAUUUCCCGUCACGUAGUACCCAUCAAAGUACCAUCAUUGUAUUGUAGCAGCAAAGGCUGGGGAAUUGGAGGUAUAUCUCGAUGUCCGAAGACUAGGAACCGGGUGGACAGAUAAAAUGGGCGAUGCGCACAGCUGCCUGAGAGAUACAGAUAGCUCCUGUGUAGACAUGGCAAAGCAAGGCCGUGUCGCUGAGCUGGACUGGGAUGAACAAGAUAAGCAUCAAAGCGAUCUUAUUGAUCUGGAUAAAGCUGACAAUAAUUAUCUGAAUUACGAGGGAUCUCAACGUGAAGGUCCAAGAGAUACUUCAACGACGGAUGUCAAAGGGAAGAAGCCCCAGCAGACCGACAUUGUUCCACGUCGCCGGCCAAGGGGGGUUGCAGACGAAAGCUUCCCAAAGCCAAAAGUGCUCUCUCAUACUGCGCGACGAGAAAGGCUGGAGGAGCUCAAGAGGUUGAAUCAGCAACUAAAAAGCAUCCCUCGAAAUCCAACUCCGGCAGCAAAGUCUGAGCCCGCCAAGACAACAGCUGUCCACGGUGAGUUGAUCAAACCUUUUGAAGGGAAUCACGGACCAAGUUUGCUAGAGCUUGAAGUACAGGCUUUGGCUCGUCUUGGGUUUGUAAAAUUGGAACCAGAUAUUAUCGUCGAUCCAGGCCCUUCAAAGCAGAAAACACCAAGCGACGUUGAGCCGCUGGAUAUCAGACGUGCAGGUCCAGCUAUCAUGAAACCACAGAAGGAGCCUGAAAGGGAAGACUUACUUGAAUUGGAGAAAGUAGCUCUUCAGAACAUGAAGCGUGAGAUGAAGGCUUUAGCGUCACUCCCUCCAGUAAAAGCUGAAAGUGAUAUUCUUGAGGGUCAAAGAGUGGCACGGGCUAGCUUGAAGCGUGCAUUGCAACCCGAAGUUGCACCUCAAGCGCUGCCAAGCACGUCCAAGCCUCAAGAAAUUGCACACAAUGAUCCCUUGGAGACCCAAAAGAAGGCUGCACCGAGGGUAAAAUGCUUACUGCACCCAUCAGCGACACCAGACCCAUCCUCAAGUGAUUCGCUUGAGCAGCAGAAGAAGACCGCACCAAGGGUUAAGUGUAUCCUUCACCCAGCAAAUACACCAGGGCCACCCCCGUCUCAAGAGAUCGCGAAAGGGAACGUGCUUGAUGUCCAGAAGAAGGCCCAGCCGAGGUUGAAAUGGUUGUUAAACCCUCCGAUUACUUCCUCGAAGGCUCCUCUUCCACAUCCUUCUCAGGAUAGUGCCAAGAGCAGUGGAGUAGAAGAAGCCCAGAAGAUGGCUGAGCCAAAAGGGAGGUGCAAAUUACAUCCACAGGGUGGAGGUUCAAAACCACCUCUUGCUCCUCCAGCUGAAGGUACUCCUAAACGUGAUCUACUCGAACUCGACAAGAAGCCCCAAGAGAAAAAGUUCUGCGUUCUUCAUUCAUCAACUGGGCCUUCGAAACCAUCUCCGAGUCGAACAGAGGAAUCUCGAGAAGCGGCCAAAAAUGCGCCACUCGAGCCCGCGAAAAGCGAUUUGCUUGAGCUCCAAAAGGCAGCUCUGGCAAGUAUGAAAGGAUCUUCAAGCCUUUCACCAUCUCAGUCAGCUGUCGCUCCCCUUGCUGCACCAGCUUCAUCCGACCGAGGGGACUUAUUAGAGCUGGAAAAAGUAGCUCUGGCCAAUAUGAAGGAGACUUCCAUCAGCCCACCGUCGAAGUCAGAUAGACCACCAAAUGCCUCACCGUCUACAACGGAGCGAGGAGACUUGCUGGAGCUCGAGAAAGUAGCUUUGGCAUCAAUGAUGACUUCAGCCGAGCCAUCACCGGCAGGUUCCCAACCUGCCACAAAGAGAUCGGUCGAGCCCGAAAGAAGUGACCUGCUUGAGCUUGAACGACUGGCUUUAGCAAACAUGGUACUUGCCAACAAGCAAGGUGGACAAGGGGACCUAAAAGUCACAACCUCCAUGACGACGAAGGAGGAGGUUACCUCCGCUGUUGUUACUCCAACAUCUUCAAUUUCUUCCUUUCAGUUAGAACCGGCCAGUGGACCUUUAGAGACCAUGUUAGUGGAGCUGACAACAAAAGAAAAGGCCCUGGUGGCUGCCAACAGAAAAGUUGCAGAAAAAGAUCAGCUCUUACAUGAGUAUGAAGGUGAGCUGAGCAAAGCACUUAAAAUGCUGGAAUCCAUGAAUGUUCGAUGUACAGAUGCGAAGGAAGAGAUUGCCAGAGCACUUUGUGAGGCAAAAGGUGUGUAUGAUGAGCUGAAUCAAGCUUGGUCCGCGGUAGAGGACUUGGAAUCCAGAUCAAAAGAUAACGCAGUUUGUUCUCUAAUUGUUGACGAGGGCUGCGGUAAAUUGCUCCAAACAAAUUCACGAGAAAUAUACCAGUCGGAAGAUGAAGAACGUAAAAAGUGGAUGGAGGAUUUUCUGGAUGAGUUACAAACCAUAGAAGCCGUGCGCUCUGAAGCACACAGAGAUUUCGAGCUCCAGAUACAGAGAAACGAGAAGAUAAUUUCAGAGCUUCAGCAGUUAGGAGCGACAGCAUGUGUCGAUCACGUGACUGAAGCUGGUCAUGCGAAGUGCCAGGAUCUUGUCGAGCAGACUCAAGAACCUGGAAAUGACUCAAAUCUCGGUGCAAUAGUUUGUGAGCACGUUUAUGAGACACGAGUUCAUUCGCAAGGGACGAACCCACAGACACGCAGCUUAGAGCGAACCAGCAAACAGCUGCUGCUGGAGUUGCGAAAGAUCGAAUCUACUAGGAAGAAGAAUCAGAAAGUCUUCCAAAAGCAGAUGGCUCGCAACCAACAUGUUUUAGCGCAGCUACAAAAACUCCAAAACCAUUAUGAAGAAGGGAGGCAACAACCAACCAUGUCUUCAGAGCAGGAAAAGCAGUGGGAAGCAGAGACAGCACAGCUGAACGCACGCUUGCUGGACCUCCAUGAAGCUUUGGAUAAGAAAACAAAAGAGGCCGAUGAGCUGCAUGUCCAAUCUCUACGAUUGCAAAGAGGAGUUUUAGAACAAGAACAGAAGUUAGAAAAAGCCUUGCAGCAGCACAAGCUGGACUUGUCCUGCGACACAAAGUCCGUGACUGCUGACUUCAUGGGGGACACAUGUGACUUGGAGGUCUACGUUCCUUCCAGUUGCUCCUCCACACCAUUAAAGACAGAUUUUGUAGGCGACACGAUGGACCUACAUUGUUGUGACUCCGUACGAACUCCUUUCCCAUUGGCUGACUACGUCUGCAGCACUUGUUCAUCCGAAACGACUGCUACAGAUUCCUGUCCUGCAACUAAAGGUUGCCCUUCUAGUAGUGGCACAGCUGACUUUGAGGGUGAUACGCGUGAUCUGGAGUGCUGUAUUUUCACAAUGGAUUUCGAAGGCGAUACUCGUGAAUUGGAAAAACACGUAUGUUCAUUGUACAGAGAAGAUAAAGGUGUGCAGGUGAAAAGAGAUGUUCGUGAAAUGAAGCGGCUGACUGAGGAAAGAGAAAACUGGGAGGAGGAAAGGAAAGCGCUCACCAAGCGCUUGGAUGACUUCGAAGCAAUUCUUUUGACGAAGGAAGAGAAGAUUGGAAACCUUAUCGAGAAGUUGGACAGGGACGAAUCCGCUUGGCAGGAGGAAAGAUACCAGCUCGUGAAACGCUGUGAGGAAUGCGAAACAAGCCUUUUAGCCAAGGAGGAAGAAGUGAUAGAGCUCUCCACCCAGCUGGAGAUGGCAAAGUCGUCCUUACAGGGCUUCACGUGUAGCGACAGUUCCACCGUGGUUUCCACCUCUUCUGAUGGCAUGAUGUCUCCGAUGAAGAAGAUAUCAAGGAGUGGAUCACACAGAUUUGGCCAGGGCGAUGCUCGUGAGCUUUUGGAUCUUCGAUGUGAAGUACUUUCCCUGCAAGAAUGCCUGGUGAUCAAAGGCGAAGCUUUGAAGACCAUGGAGAAGGAGCUAGCACGGUCCUACACCAUUAUCAACGAGCUCAGGACCAAACUGGCUCGCGCACAAGAAUCGGAACGUUCCCUCCAGAGUCAACAAAGCCAACGACUGGAGUUCGAUGACUUGCAGAACAAAAACCCUGGCCAAAGAGUCAAAGGGAAACCUGCAAAGAAGCCCAGGUUACUCCGAGAGCCUGACCAAGCUUCUGCAAGAUCAAAUCAGACCAGCGAGCUCGUAGAAAAGCUGAGAGUCCAGAGCGAGAAAUUGGCUGCUCUUGAGAAGGAGCGAGCGAUAAUGAGCAGGAAAAUCGAGGACUUACUCGCGAAAUGCAAGUUCUUGGAAGGAACAGAGAAGAUGUACAGAGAGACACAAGAUCCCUUGAAGGCAGAGGCAAUCAUGGAGCUUGAGAAGGAGCUGCAAAGAAAUGUAGAGAUCAUUCAAAAAAUGCAAUCGCGUUGCACCGACUUAGAAGCUCGAGCGAUUCAAGCGGAGAGCCGGGUUAAGCAGGUACAUACGGGUGAUCAUACGGUGGUUGCUGGACCUGGGGUCAAGGACAAGAAAGCUUGGCAAGCCGAGAGACAAGGCCUACUUGCAGGCCUGAAGUACUUCCGGGAGCUUACUGAGAAGAAAGACGAGGAGUUGUACCAACUGCGAUACGACUUGAGGAUGAAAACGCAGAAGCAGAUACAGACUCCACCGUGUAAGUCCAAUCUCAUAAUCAUAUCUCCAGAGCAGCGUUUAGAUGUAGAUGAGGUUGUUGAUGAAUCAAAAUGCCCCGAGAAUUUACAGCUUGCUCGCGUGCAUGCACCCGCUGCAAAUCUGGAACGAAAUGAGAACCAAUGUUGUGAUGGAGAUGACAGUAGUCAUACGUUGCAGAUCAGAGAGUUGACACAGCACUUGAGAGACCAGUGGGAACUUCAGUGUGUCAUGGAGGAUCGUCUGGAUGCCAUGAUGGAGUAUGUUAGUGAACGUGUCAAGGAAUUUGAGCAGAAUCGUAAUAUAUCAUCACCCACAACAAAUUUCACGCAGUUUCAUGAGGAAGCAAGCCUAAUGAAAGUUCAGCUGGAACAGCAGCUCCAGGUUUUGCGGGGAACUUUAUCUACAUCUUUCCAUAAGCUUGAUGAAGCCAAAAGGCAACUUCAAGUGGCACUGAAAGAGGGGGCACUUUUCAUGCAAGAGAACACUGAGAAAGAGGUCCGUUGUUCUGCUGGUUCUGAAACCGAGAAGUCAGGAGAUGAUGCGGGCGAUAAACAAACCAAGACUCAAACAUUGCAGCUUCUGACCGAAAGAGUUGCCCUUGAGGACUCCGCCCAGACACUUCAGGAGAAGACUUCCAGACUUCUGCACAGACUGACGUCCACGAGGCUGCAUUGGAACAUGAAUAUGCUGGCAGCCAGUAUGGCCGCAGGAUGAGAGUGGCGCCCUCCGUUAUGAAUCGUCCAAACCUAAAGGAGCAUUUUAUGCAAUGCAACAACAUUGGAAACAUGGUCGACCAGAGUAUAUCGAAUCGCUCAAUUGCAAUAGAGUCAAAUCUCUCCUGCUUUCCGGGUUAUAUACACAUUUCAUCCCAGAACAGCCCAGAAAGUUGCUCGCUGAUAGCUCACAGUGGCUCUAACGCUCAUCCUGAGAAUCGCACAUUUAUCAUCAAUGGACUCGUGCUGGCCAAAAUCGCCUCUAAAAG